AUGUUUCCUCUGCAGCUGCUCGCUCUGCUCUUCAUCACCGUGCCGAGACAUGACCCAGACGAGAAGAAGAGGCGGAAGGAGAAGGAGGAGGAGGCAGACGGACAGCGAGGACAGGGGACAGAGAGUAAAUAUGACCUGAUAUUCAGGAGGGGAGACCUGCUGGAAGUGCCCAGGACUCUGUUCACACACUUUGGGAUUUACCUGGGGGGAGGCAGAGUAGCUCAUUUCAUCCCGGACAUCAUGCCCAUCGUCUCCAGUGACCAGUGUCGAAUCAAAGAGAUGGUCACCAACAGCAGACUCCUGCUGGGAGUACUGGCCAAGUGUGGCAGUGUGAGAGUGGACUCAGUGGAGGACUUUGCCUACGGAUCCCAGAUACUCAUUAACACCAUGGACAAGGUGUGCAGCCGUCCGGCGCUGCAGGGGGAGGAGGUGGCCAGGCGGGCGGAGAAGCUGCGGGGCGACGUGUCCUACAGUCUGCUGUGGUACAACUGCGAACACUUCGUCAUGUACUGUCGAUACGGCACCGUCAUGAGCUUCCAGACGUUUCAGUUCUGUAAGACGCUGCGGAAGCUGUUGCUGAGCCGGAAUGUUGCCAAGGCGACGGCGUUGCUGGGGGCGUGUCUGCUCCUCUACCUGAGAGCGGUGACCACCUGCGCAGCCCUGCUGGCCGCCCUGCUGCCCUUCCUGGUCUGGAUGGCCUCGUGA